UACACACACACACAAGGCUGAGCAGCCUCAGGAUCUAGAUGCGGGCAUCCUUGGUUUCUUCUUCCCCUUUCCCCGGGCCCCCGUUGCACAAAAAAAACAAAACUUAACGGGACAACAAUGGUGCACGCCUCGGCGGAAGGAUCCGUGGGCGCCGGUCAUUUAAGGGACCGGGGAUCGUUCUCGAUGUGACGUUCGCCAGCACGCCGGUGUUGAGUUUAUUGUUCUGGUCCUAGACGCGGCUGCGCAGCGAUUCUCUGAGAAGAUGUUGAGCCGGUUCAUGAGCGGCAGCAUCAGGAAUCUUGAGCGGGAAUACAGCUGCACCGUCCGGCUGCUGGAUGAUACGGAAUACACGUGCACCAUUCAGCGGGAUGCAAAGGGUCAGUAUCUGUUUGACCUCAUCUGCCAUCACCUCAACUUGCUGGAGAAAGACUACUUUGGUAUCAGAUACGUGGAUCCAGACAAGCAGCGGCACUGGUUGGAGGUCACAAAGUCAAUUGCAAAGCAAAUGAAAUGUCAGCCUCCCUUCACCAUGUGUCUGAGGGUCAAGUUUUACCCGCCUGAACCCGCCUUUCUAAAGGAGGAAAUCACACGAUAUCUCGUCUUCCUGCAAAUCAAGAGAGACCUCUACCACGGUCGGCUCUUGUGUAAAACCUCGGACGCGGCCAUGCUGGCGGCACACAUCCUUCAAGCUGAGAUCGGAAAUUACGACCCUGGGAAGCAUCCUGAAGGUUACAGCUCGAAAUUCCAGUUCUUCCCGAAGCAUUCGGAGAAGCUGGAGCGUCGAAUCGCAGACAUACACAAGACAGAGCUUAUUGGACAGACACCUGAAACAUCGGAGCGCAAUUUCCUCCAGAAAGCCCAGAUGCUGGAGACAUAUGGUGUUGAUCCACAUCCAUGCAAGGAUGUGUCUGGGAACCCUGCUUUCCUCGCCUUCACACCAUUCGGUUUUGUGGUGCUUCAGGGAAACAGGAGGGUUCAUUUUCUCAAGUGGAACGAGUUGACCAAACUGAAGUUUGAAGGCAAGACGUUCCACAUUUAUGCAAAUCAGAAGGAGGACAAAAAGAUCAUCUUGACGUACUUUGCACCCACGCCGGAGGCGUGCAAGCACCUUUGGAAGUGUGGAGUGGAGAAUCAAGCUUUCUACAAGCUUGAAAAGUCCAGUCAGGUUCGCACGGUGUCCAGCAGCAACCUGUUCUUCAAGGGCAGCCGGUUCCGUUUCAGUGGACGAGUGGCAAAAGAGGUGAUGGAGCAGAGUGCCAAAAUCAAACGUGAACCUCCAGAAAUACACAGGGCUGGCCUUGUGCCCAGUAGAAGUUGUCCAUCCAUCACCCACGGGCCUCGCCUCACCAGCGUGCCGCGCACGCGCCGGAGAGCUGUGCACAUAUCUAUUAUGGAGGGCCUGGAGUCGUUGCGUGACAGCGCUCACUCGACGCCGGUGCGCUCGGUGUCCCACGGGGAGUGCUUCAUACCGCGCUCCCGCAGCCAGGCCGCGGGCGCCGGCGAGAGGAGCGCGGUGAUCUCGGACGAGGCCUACAGCCCGUCGGACAGCGUCCUGCCCACCCCGGUGGGCGAGCACGGCGCGGAGGUGUCCGGCUCGCGCCAGAGCAACGGGGCGCCCCGCAGCAUCGAGGAGGAGAAGGAGUCGGAGGCGGGCACCCCGUCGCACGCGGAAGCCGGUGAUUUUGGGGCCGCGGAAGAGGCCGCGGGGGGCGACUCCGCCCUCGGCGAGGUGGAGCAGGUGAAUAAGUUCGUCUUGAGUGUCCUCCGUCUGCUCCUCGUGACCGUCGGGCUCCUCUUCGUCCUGCUCCUCCUCCUCAUCGUCCUCACGGAGUCCGACCUCGACGUGGCAUUUUUACGUGAUAUCCGCCAGACCCCCGAAUUUGAGCAGUUCCAUUACGAAUACUUUUGUCCCCUCCGGCGGUGGUUUGCCUGCAAGCUCCGCUGGGCGGGCGGCUUGCUCAUUAACAAGGGGGAUUGAGGUCGCGGGGGUCGUAGAGGUCGUAGGGUUUGUCCCCCCCCCGUUCGGCGGUCAGGACUCCGGAGUGAUGGAGGGAAGCUUCGUCCCAACAUGAACCCUUCUUCUCUCAUCGUCCUCCUGCAGACAUUCAGCUCGGACCCCCCAACCAACCAUCUCCUUGUCCCGUUUUUGUUUUCUACAAAGCCAGAGACAAGCCAGACGUUUUUUUUUUUUAUUUCAACUCAUUUCAGGUAUUUUAUUUUUUCAAAUAACACAAAGGAAAAAAAAAAUCCAACUGAAAUCAAAGAACUGAAGGAGUUUAAACUGUUGAUUUCUAAACAACGUAUCAUGGUUGAAAGUUGCCUUCAUUAUUAUUAAUUGCUUUUAAACAUGUAGUGCAUAAUAAAAUGAGAACAGGAGAACGGAACAUAAGGAAGUUGAUUUGCCAUUAAAAUGAAGAUGGAAGUGAGUUGUGUUACAGUUGACAGGCUGCUUGCUGCUCAGUGUAUUUGUAGCAAAGUCAUUUAAUAUCUUUUGAUAUUGGUUCGUCCUCAUCAGGAGGUUAACUAGACGCUGCCCAAACGCAGAUUAACCCAACAGAAAUAAACAGAGCAGUUCGAAGGGAAGGUUCGUUAAACAGAGAGCAGGUGAUUACAGAACGGCUUUUUUUGAGAAGAUGUUGACAACUGGAUUCCGUGCAUUGUUUAAAGACACAAUUAGCUUACGUACACCUGUUGUACAAAGUAAAUUCAUGAAGAACAAAGUUGUUUUACAAAAACAAAUAAACCAGCACCAUUAGUGUGACAGACGACAGUUAGGGAUUUCUAUGAAUAUUCAUAAAAAGCUAGAAUUUGUUGGUACCAAUAAUGAUAUUUUAGAUAGAUGUGCAAUGCUUGAUUAAGUUCUUUUGAAUGUGCUCAUUCGUCCAGUUUACUCUAUAAACUUCAUCGCAUUUUUCAGCCAGUUGAAAUUCGAUGAAUUUCAAUUAUUUCUUGUAUGACGAGUUUAUGAUUAAUUUUGGUUUCAUAUCAACCUCGCUCUUAGGUAUAUGUAACACUCUAUAUUAUUAUUAUUAUUAGAAGAAAGAUUAAGAAUACUGAUGUACUUUUUGUACAAAUUAGUUUGUUUCCUAAUAUAUAUUGAUAAGUUUUCCAUGUAUAUUUUAACAGAACGAAAUGUUAUUUUGUUAUUGAAGAUUAAAUUAUACCUUUUUUAGAGCUGUGUUUCAAGUCAGGUCAGAAGCAUUUAUGGAAAUGCGGAAGUGGGGACUAAAAAAAAGGCUUUUUAUCCAGAUCCACUCAACACUGAUCACAUCUCAUCACACCAGCAGCAGUGAAUCAGCCUCUGGUGUGCGUGCAAUUGUAAUGAUCAUAUUAAUGAACAUGUAUUUGUACAGCGGGAAAUCUGGUGAUGUCAUUGUACCAUCAAAAAUACCAAAUAGUCCCAAAGCACAUUUGAACCAUUCAUUUAACAUUUACCAUCUCUUAUUUCCAAGACGUUUGGAGCGGUGACGUGGAGCCUGACUGAUGCGUGUUGUGAGUUGUGACCUAUCCUCACGCUGGAACUCAUUUUAAAAAGGAGUAAAACAAAACUACAACUGAAAUGAUUACUUGAACAACUGAUAUACAAAUUAAUUGCCAGAUAUUUUGAUUGUCAAAUAAUUGUCAUAUUUCAAGGGAAGAUUUUCUGGUAAACCUUCUGGUUUACAUUUCUGUUCGUCAUUGUAAAUUGAAUAUCUUUGGAAUUGGAAAUGUUGGUCGGAUGUAAAAAGAAAACAAAUUGUGAUAUGUUGCCUAUGGUUUUGAGAAAAGUAGGAUUAGAAUGGUCACUUUUCAGUGAUCAGUCUAGAAAAUAAUGGGCAGAUUGAUAGGUAAUGAAAUGAACAAAACAUUUGGUCAGGAGUAAAUCAAGAAUGAUUUUUUUUUUCUAAAUGAUGUACAACACUUCCUUCCGUUGAUUAUCAGCCAACAUGAAAGGAGAUACAAAUAUUCCGGCAAUAAGUCGAUAUUGAAAAGUAUUAUCUGCCCUUAGAUUUGCCGAGUAGACUCUCCAGCCUCACAGCACCAGGAAGCAAUAACUACCACAGGAUUCUGGUUGAAAUCAUGUUUUUCUACAGCGUGACUGUCUGCAUGUAGAAAGUGGAGGCUGAAGGCGCUAGCUGUGAAGUAUUGGACCGAAAGACUUAAAAAACAAAAAAAACAACGCAAACAACAUUUUGCCAAAAGGCAUAAAAAAGGAAGCAAAAGAAGGAAAUAAAGAAGCCUUGAGUGACAUCAAAUGA